AUGGACCCGGAGGACAUGGUUGAUCGGGACCGGUCCGAGAUCGAGAGCUCCCGCGCCGACGAGCUCAACGGGCUCGCGCUGCUCUUCAUUCUCGGGGCGUCGGGCGGCGGCGCGGUGGGCCGAGUUCUUGGGGCCGCCUGGCGCGCCAGGCUGCCUGCCGUCGUACCGGCCACAAGGGCCGUCCGAAGCGCCGCGAGAGCAGCCAAGACGCCCCCGACACCUCCCGCCGCACCCCGGGCGGGUUCUGCUGCCCCAUCGGCUGGUGCGAGACCAGCGACGACGGGCGCCGCCCCUGCCUCUGCACCCCCGGCGGGCUCUGCUACCCCACCGGCUGUCCCUUUCUUGGAUCCUGUGAAAGCAGUUAAUGAUGCUAUCUCGAAGGUGGAAACUCCUGUUUUCUUUCCUUCCAGGAUUGCCAACACGUACAUUGAGAUCGUAAAAUUACUAUCUCAUGGUGGAUGGUCUGUAUAUCUUCUGGAUAAGUAUGCUGAAAAAGGGUGUUCAGACGUUUGCCCUUUCACAGGUAAUGGUGAGUUCUCCCCAGUGCCUGUCCAGAAGCCAGCAGUGGCUGUCCAGUUGCCUGCUGAGGUGGAUGAGAAGCAUCAUUCGGUGGGAGAUAAGGGGGAUGCAGAGGGAGUUGCUGUCCAGGUGCCCGACAAGGUAAAUGAGAAGCAUCAUUCAGAGGGAGACAAGGAGGAUUCAGAGGGAGGUGAGAAGCAGCCUGCAGAUGGAGACUAUGCUUGCUUUUUUCAUGAGAUCGGCAAAAAGGCGUAUGAUUUGCUGUACCAGGACUAUAACACAGGUCUGAAGAUGGUAUCUGACUGUAAGGUGCUUGACACCGCUGUUCUUUUGUCUGAUGGCUCUGAGCAAGUUGGAAAAGCAUCUUUGGGAUUUGAGUUGUCAUCUGAUACAAAGCUUAUCAAACUUACACUUGAUGAUGUGUUGAGGCCUGGUUUGAAGGGACUUCUGUCUAUUCCCGUCUCCUCCCAGAGCUCAUCGAAGGUGGACCUUCAGUAUCGUCAUCUCGGUGCUUGUAUAACCGGAAGUUCUGAGCUUCAGGGAUCGCCAAUUGUUUCGUUUUCUGCUAUGAUUGGCACGAAAAGCAUUGCUUUAGGUGCUGAUGUUUCGGUCAUCACAAAGUCCCUCGAUGCUUUGGGCGCGGUUGGUUCCCUUGAAACCCAGCUCCUGCGAUUUCCUAAGUACACCUGUGGUUUGGUUCUAUCGGAAGGAGACGUGGGUGCUUCUUUCACAAUGGAAAAUGCCGACGUUCUCACAGCAACUUAUCAUCAGAAGUUAGACGAGACGACGUCCAUCGCUGCCAAGGUGCAGCGUGUUCUGUCUUCCAACGACAGCACUCUUACGGCGGGUUUUUCUCAUUCUCUGGAUCCGAACACAACGGUGAAGGCCAAGCUUGGCAGUGAUGGAGCGGUGAGCGUCCUGCUCCGGUACGGCCCCAAGCCCAAGCGCUACGUCGCCUUCUCCGCCGAGUCCAAUUCCCAAGCGCCUCAAAAGGAUACCAAGUUUGGUCUGUGUGUCGCGCUAGGGGCGUGA